AUGAGGAAAUAUAGUCAAAGUCUACUACCGUACUUCCAAAUUCUAUGACUAAUCCUUACGUUCGAUUUCCCUAAAAAUUUACUCCUCUCUGAACCCUAAUCUCGUUUGAUGACCUUUGAUCGUACCGUCCUAUCUCGCGUAUCCUUGGAUUUUUACGAUAUUGAAUCAGUACGUCUAUAACUCACACAAGUGAUGCACGAUGGCAAGGGAUUUGCGUAUUGUGACCAUUUCAUCAUGGGAAAUCUUAAAGUUACAUUUUUUUACUUUCAUUUUUGGCAUAUGGAUCAUUUGCAAAAUGUCAGCUAAGUGGAUUUGGGACCCCAAAUCGUUUUUUAUCCACCAACAACGUGACAACCCACCGGCUUGUCUUGUCGACUCUUCUUUAGGCCAACACAAAUACAUCAAAUUAAAGGGUGUCAAGUUCCAUUAUGUGGAAUCCGGCUCGAGCGAUCUUCCAUUGGUCCUCCUCUUGCACGGCUUUCCCGACUGUUGGGUCAGUUGGCGGCACCAAAUUCCGACUCUAUCCCAACAUUUCCGUGUGGUGGCUUUGGACCUCAAAGGCUUCGGAGACUCGGAUAAACCCUCAUCCCGGAAAACGUACCGCAUCGACAUGAUCCUGGAGGAACUCAGACAACUCAUCAUCUCAUUCGGAGUGUCCAGUUGCAUCGUCGUUGGCCACGACAUUGGCGCCUUGCUCGGCUGGUGCCUCGCACAUCAAUUUCCGGAAGUCGUGGAUAAACUAGUCGUGGUGUCCUGCCCCCACCCUAACAUCUACAGGACGAAUUUGCACACGUCCUGGAAUUACCGCUGGUUGAAUUUUGUCCAGCUUCCGUACUUCCCCGAAGUCGACGCUUUGAGGAACGACGUUAAAAUCAUCACAGAGUACCACCGGCAUUUGCCGGCGAAUGACACGUUUUUGGAUGCUUACAAAUACGCGUUUUGCCGGAAAGAGGACUGGACAGGGCCUUUGAAUUACUUCCGGAAUUUGUUAUUUAUCGAAAUCGCGGAAAACACGAGGACUAUCCAAGUACCAGUCGUGUUAGUCACCGGUGAUCGAGACAAGUUUAUCAAACUUGAAAGUAUCGUAAAAUCGACGGAUUUCUGUGAGAAAUUUUACGUGAAGAUUGUCGAUGGGGCUGGGCAUUUUCCACACCAGGAAAAGUACCAACAGUUUAAUGAGAUUCUGUUGAAGUAUUUGGUGACGAGGAAUGUGCCAAAUGGGUUGGAAAGGUCACCGUCGAAGGGAAUAAUGAAUAGGAUGAUGGGGGCUGUUAGUAGUACUGUCAAGUAUGGAAAUUCGGUGCUGGACACUGUUCAUAAAAAAACAAACGGGGUGGUAGGGAGUAUACCGAGUAUAGGGUUAUUAAAUUAUUCAAAUAUUUAUGAGAAGACUGAUAGUUAGGACUAGGGGUGGACUAGCAGAGUUCCUGUGAAUGUUAAAUGGCAUUAACAUGAGGAACACUUUAAUGUAUUUGUCUUAGAUUCGUCUGUCAGAUUUGUGACUGGUGUAGACGAGAUUUAAAACAAA